GCAAUGUCGGAGCGCGAGAUGGAGCCGAAAUCUCGCAACGGCCUCAUGACGAGGAUGAAGGUGGGGAUACUGGAGGUCCGCCGCGUGGCCGCCGCGAAGAGAAUCCAGAGUUUCUACCGCAAGCACAUGCAGCGUUGCAAAGCUCGUAUUGGGUCGUCCAAGAAGUUCAAAGUCACAAACGACACUCUGGCGCUCACGACAGCCCUACUCGCGACAUCCUUUGCUUUCUCGUCAUCUUCCCUCCAAGCACGCGAAAAGCAGUUUUUACUUGCUCUGGACGAAAACGUCCCGCCGACCAAGGUGGACAUCCUCGCGAACGUGGCCGUCCAGCACGUGGCUCCAUUGUCAUCAGCUAUGCAAGAGCUCCUCCUUCUGCGUGGCAGUCCGUACGAAUUCGAAGUGCCCGUGAAAGACAAAAACCGCUUGAUGCACGACAACUUUAUCAAUAUGAUGAGCGAGUCGUGGCUGUUGUGCUCAACGACUGAGAGAUUCGCCAUCCAUAAAUCCGAGAGCCGCAGGAAACGAGCUGCGUUCUACCUGCGUACUCUCGGCCCGGUCUUCUCGGAUCUUUUGUUCAUUUCUCGCGGUGGUCCUACUCAUCCCCAUAUCCUGCAGAUGAAUCAGGGGUCGACCAGUUCCACGCAUUUGACCGGCGUCACUAAACGCAUUCGAUCGCUCUACGCCACACACGUGUCCUGGAGUGACUCUCUUGAAGGGUUGACUUCGAAAGUACGAAAGAUCUUUUGGCUCCUCCGCAGUGAAAUGCAAAUGCCGGCGAUUCGAUCGCUCGGGUGGCUCCUCUCCAAACUGUGGCGCGUCUUGUUCGACGGCGUGUUUAUUGACGCGGCGUCCAUCGACGCUAUCCACUCCCUCAUCGCGUCUGUCGGCCCCAACACCAGCUUGGUCCUGGCGCCCACGCACAAGUCACAUCUCGACUACCUCCUCGUCAGCUACAUCUGCUUUGCGUACGGCUUGCCACUGCCCCGCAUCGCUGCAGGCAUCAAUCUAAACCUCCCCGUCGUUGGGUCGUACCUGCGAGCCAGCGGAAGUUUUUUCAUUCGACGAAGUUACCACGGCGAUACGUUAUAUAAGGAGGUCUUAACUUCGUACGUCCACCAAUUGCUUGAAGAUGGCGCGCCCAUGGAGGUGUUUGUCGAAGGCGGGCGCUCUCGCCAUGGCCGCGUGAUGAGACCCAAGGUAGGGUUUUUCCACAUGAUGGCGUCGUUCCUCUCCACCCGUCCCUCGCGUGACAUCCUCGUUGUGCCGAUUUCGAUCGACUACGACCGAGUGCUGGAAGUUCCCGAAUACGCGGCCCAGUUGCUCGGCAAACCCAAGCAGAAAGAGUCGAUUUUCAGCCUCGUCAAGUCGCUCUUCUCCCUCCGACGGUGCGGCAAUGCGUACGUUCGAUUCGCGUCUCCGCUGCCGAUGCAACACCACGUCGAGCACUUUGGCUUGGAGAAUCUCGCGAGUCGCGUUGCAUAUGGCAUGCAAUCUGCAUCAACCAUCACGGCAUCGACGCUGGUCGCCGCUGUUCUCCUCUGGAAGCGCCACCGCACUGCACUGUCUUUUGACGAGGUGGUUGCCGACGUCGCUUGGCUAGCGACUCUCCUACGCAGCCAUGGUGCAAUCGUAGCGCCAUAUGAAUCAACGGCAGACCUCGUCGUCCACGCAUUGGCCAUUCUGGAAGUGGCCACUUCCUCGGAGUCUCGCUUCGUGUACCUCCCUAAUGUGUUCGAUGACACGAGGGUGCUCACAAUGGCGUUCUACCGCAACCAACUCCUACACGUCCUGCUACCCAUGGCGACCUUAGCGACCGUCGUGUCCAGCCGCGUUGAAGUCGGCGCGAGUUUACUCUUGUCGGCGAUUGCCGCAGACGCGGAGAAGCUAUGGGCGUCCUGCACCCGACUGUGUCCCCAUCCGUCCCCCGAGGACUGGAGCGUUGAAGUCGGCAAUUUGGUUAAAGCCAUGCCGUUCGUUCACGUCCAUCGAGAUCGCCUUGGAGUUGAAGCGAAUCGGUGGCAUGCCUCGUCGCACGUGAGCUUCCUCACGAUGCUGCUUUGGCCCUUCGUCUGUGCCUUGGACAAUGUCGCGUCGGCUUUUUCAAUCUCCAAUGGCGUAUUGACAGAACCGGAAAUCGUUCGACUGGCGCGAUCGCAUCCGACCGAGUUUGCAGAAGCGAAAUCUUUAGAAAGCAUCAAGCAAGCACUGGCGACGCUGAUCGAGUACGGCGCCGUGGCCCGAGCCCCUUUCGACGCCACAAACACACACAAAUACGUAUACAGGGCUCUAGUUGGUCCCAUCUUUGACGCGACGUGCACUUUUGUCCGCCAGCUGCAACGGCGUCGAAGAAAAGUGUGGCAGGUUGCCGCGUGCCCUGCCCAUGAACCAACGGUGAAUUUGCAAGCGGCAAACGUGUGGUUGCGGCUGGGCCAGCACGACACACGUGUCAUAUUCAUUCAAUAG